GAGCAGCCGAAGUCUCUCCUUCCGGGACAGCAGCUCAGCAGCUUUUCUUAGUAAGUUAGAUGAAUGGGCCAGACCGUCCAAACCCAGACAAAGCUAUUGAGUUUCACAAGGGGACACCUGGGGAAAGCAUGUCCCUGGACUGAAUUGGCUUCUUCAGACAUGACAUUGGGAAAAUCAGUAAGUCAUGCUCUUUCCUUUGAAUUCCUAGCUCCUGUGGUCUUCAGAUUCUGGCACAAGAUGAAAGCGUCUGGUCUUCCCAUCUGCCUUCUCUCUGCUGUGUUUUAUCUCUUCUGGACACCUUCUGCUGGGCUGAAGACACUCCAUUUGGGAAGUUGUGUGAUCACCACAAACCUUCAGGCAAUGCGAAAUGGGUUUUCUGAGAUACGGGACAGUGUGCAAGCCAAAGAUGAAAUCACUGACAUCAGAAUCUUGAGGAAGACUGAGUCUUUGCAAGACACCAAGCCUGCAGAUCAGUGCUGCCUCCUCCGCCAUGUACUGAGACUGUACCUGGACAGGGUUUUCAAAAACUAUCAGACGCCUGACCACCAUAUCCUCCGGAAGACCAGCAGUCUUGCCAACUCUUUUCUUACCAUCAAGAAGGAACUCCGGCUCUGCCAUGCCCACAUGACAUGCCCUUGUGGGGAGGAAGCAGCGGAGAAAUACAGCCAGAUUCUGAGUCACUUCGAAGAGGUAUAUGCAAUUUGGGCCUCAGUAGGGAUGGGUGUGUUUUUAGAACUGAGAUCACAACUGGGUGGGAUAGACAUUCAUACCGGUAGAAAUCCUGUAGUCCUCAACAAUUGCCCUCUGAGGUCAUGUGGACCAUCCCUCUGCUUUAACCCAGGGGACACCCAUCCAGGCUCUAGAAGGGUGUUGUCUCUGGAAGACGCUCUGGGAUUAAAGAGGGGAUGGCCUUAAUUCCAUCAAGUCACUCCAGAGACAUCUGUGCCUUCCAGCUGUACAAACAAGAAGCAGUAGUUUUCCAACAUUACACACUUAUACGUACCCUCAAAAACAGUCACAAUUUCACACACGCCCAUGCCAUGCUGUUCCUCACCUUGGUGCCUUUGCACAUCUGCCAGGAAGGCUUGAAGUCCACUCCUCACUGACUAAUUCCUACUCAUCCUUUAAGACUCACCCUAAGCAUCACCUCCAGGAAGGUACUGACUAUGUCUCUCAGAGGUAGGUGCCUCUUCUGUCAUCCUGUGGAGACUCCAUCCUC